AUGGCUUCUCUUGGACCGCCCCCGGCUGACCUGGACUUGACGGCGACGCGGGCUCCUGAGAUGAUCGGAGUCCUGUCAACGACGUGGUCUCUGGCAAUCAUAGCUAUCGGUUUACGUCUUUGGUCAAGACGUCUGAUGCGCAGCCGGCUAUGGCUCGACGAUUGGUUGAUCCUAGUUUCAGUCCUCUGGUCGGGCUCGUUCAUGUUCAUGAUUACGUGUUGGAUGGUCAGACACGGCUUCGGCAGACACGUAUGGGCAGCUCCCCCUGAAGCGACAAAGGUAUGGGCAAUUGGACUGUUCAUCGCCGAGAUCACCUACACGCUGAGCCUGGUAUUCGUGAAAUACUCCAUCUUGGCCUUCUACUGGCGAGUCUUCGGGGCGCAGCGCUCGAUCCGGAUUCCGAUCUGGGUUCUUGCCGGCAUGGUGUUAGCGUGGGGAGCCUCCGUUAUUCUGGUGUCCAUCUUCCAAUGUCUACCCGUGCAAGCCUUUUGGCAACGAUUCGAUUUUGUGGCGCCAUUGCCCGCGGAGGCAUAUCACUGCGGUGUUGACGAUAAUGACUUCUUUAACGGCAACGCGAUCCCCAACAUCAUCACCGACGUGAUGAUCAUGGCCCUGCCCGUCCCGUACAUCUGGAAGCUAUACAUGCCCCGUGCACAGAAGGUAGCCAUCACGAGUGUCUUCGUGGUAGGAAUAUUCGUUACGAUAAUAUCCAUUGUGCGCUUCACUUUCGUUCUGAGAGUGGACCUCACCUCGCCGGAUAUUACCUGGAAUUUCGUAGAUACCCAGAUGUGGACGAGCCUGGAGGGCAACGUUGCAACAGUUUGCGCCUGCCUCCCAUCCCUAAAACCGAUCCUGAACCUCCUCGUCUACGGCAGCGUAGAAUCGAAACCGGAGCCCAGCAAUAGGGCCGCCAGAGGCACGCUCGUUACGAUCGGGGGGUCCGGGGAAUCGCGUAAGAAUCGAUCGCGGACAGCUCAGGGCAUGCGCGGCAGUACGUCGAAGCACGCAACAGAGACCUACAGCGACGAGCAUCCGUUCGCGCAGCUGGCGGACGAUGACUCGAUGACGCGUGGUAGGGCAACCGAACUCCAAACCCUGUAG